GCGUCAUAUAGCAAUUAUGAUUUUCCAACUCUCUAGUCGGAUCUUCCGAGUAGGACUUGAAGGCAGCAUUAGUCCCUAAUAUGGACAUCAUGGCCCUUCCUUAAAGGGGCGGGAGAGACGAUACAAACUGUUGGGAAGCUUGUCCGUCGUUCAGCCGAAUAAGAAAGGAACAGCAGUAUAAGAAAGUUGCUGCGUCGCUCUUGGCUCCAUUCAACAUCGCGUCCCACGGCGGUUUGUGGAACGGAAGAAAACGUGAAUGAGUAACCAAACUGUAGCAAAAGUGUAAUUUUAUCGGAAUGUACGCUUGUGUGUGCCUAGUACGGUGUUUUAUCUUGACGACAUUACCUUGAUCAUCAUAUAAAGAACAAACGCGUAGGUCAUGUAGCCUACCAGUUUUUCAUUGAUGAAAAUGCUUUUAAAAUAUUACAUUGUUGCGAAGAUCAUUGCUUUCAGGAAUAAAUAAUGCUCUCGUUGCGCGCCUGGGGUGGUUUACUACCGUAAGAGUGCUGCUUUACAUACACCCAUUCAGGGCUAGUUGUCAUAUAUCUCUUUAAAUAAGUUUUCACAUAUAAACCGUAAAAGUUUAUAUCUUCGAUAUUUCUUCACGGACAUAUGAGACUUUUCAAGAGAAACAUUUGAAGUGAAAUUAAUUGACUUCUUCAGUGGACAUCGACUCAUCUUGACCUGUAAGACCGUUAAUUCACAAAUUGGGAUUUAGGAAAACCCGAAACUAGACACUGUGAAGUAAGACAAUAAUCGGAUAUUCUCAGGAGAAGAGCGUCUUCGGGAGAAGUACGCGCUGCGAGCCACUGUCCUUGAACCAAGUGCUGAGAAGCGAAGUUGCCAUAAAUGAGCAGCCUUUUGCGGAGGCUCCACGUCGGGCAGCAAGAUGAGCCUGCGGCUUCUGCAGCUGACGCUGCUGGCUUAUCUGCGGCUUGCUAGCACAGAGGGGAAUCCGGCACCUGUUUCCCUGGUGGAGCUGGUGAGAAGCCCCGCGUCUUCGGUGGAGGACCUGCGUCUGAUGAUGCUGACUGACUCCGUAGAGGAUCCAAACAGUCCAUCACACAAGGACAUACAGUCCAAUGAAACCAUCAGUCGGAUACCCAGAAGUCUUGGAGUCCAACCCGCUCAGCAGGCCCUCUGCAAGGUGCGAACAGAGGUGCUGGAGGUCUCCCGCACUAUGCUGGAUCGUCGCAAUGCCAACUUCCUGCUGUGGCCACCAUGUGUAGAGGUGCAGCGCUGUUCAGGAUGCUGCAACACCAAGAGUCUGCAGUGUGUUCCCACCCAGAGGCACACCCGCUACCUACAGGUGAUGAAGAUCCAGUAUGUCAAUAAGCAUCCCUACUACGAGAAGGCCGUCAUUCCCAUUGUGGACCACGUGGAGUGUCACUGCCAUAGGGCUGCUCCCCUGAUGGCUCCCCAGACCACACCAGCAACCCCCCCCCCUCAGCGGCAAACCCCCUGGCACCCUAAGGUCAAAGGUCACUCCAAAGAGGAGCUGCACCGACAUGACGAGCUGAAACAAAACCAACGGGUGCAGCUUGUAGAAGGUGCUGAACUGGGGCUUAACUGGUCCAGCCACACCCCCACUCUGGGUCUGCCGGCCCUCAAUCUCACGAGGCAACUGGGCACAGGAAGCAGCCAAUUAACGCCAGAAGAGAGCAGCACCCACAUCAUGGAGGAGCUGUCACAACGGGACUCCCAGUUCCCUCAGUUUGAGAUCUCCCAGUUACCCCAAUAUGACCUUCCACUUUCCAAGGAACUUGAGAGACAGGAGCAGCCUCAUGAUAGCACAGGGGGCCCUAAGCACCAGCACCUUGGGACCCUGGAAAGAGGGGGGCGACUAGACCAUCCGGCAGGGCAGCCACAGAAUAACCAGCGAGUCCUGAGCAUCGACGGUGAAGAGAAGCAUCCUCUUCAUCACCCUCACCAGCCAGCUGAGACACAAACAAGCACACAGAGAGCAGCGACAGCACCUCCCACUCCCGCUCACGCCCCGCCAGCUUCAAGUGUGCCGCACCCCCCGUCUCGUCAAGAGUCACCCAGGAAGAAGAGGCGCAAGAGCCGAAACCGGAUAAGCAAGGCCUCCAUGAGGGCGCUGCUGAUGUGACAGAACCAAGCCGACAGGAGCAGUGACGUUGCCUUGUGUUCUGUUCGGGAGCUGAAAGGCGCCACCGUGGGAGAAUCGCCUCAAAACUCAUCCAUUACCAUUAGCCACAUAACACAUUUGUGCCUGCAACUAUAGUAUUACUAAUGAUUGUCCAGUAGGCCCAAAAAGCCUGGGACACCACUAGCAGGUGCCAGAGAUCCACUCAGAACUGUAGCUUCCAGCUGCCCCUGUGGUGCUAAUGGACACCGUGUUUUAGGUUAAACUGGACUUAAAAGGGGAGCUGGACUGUGAAACACUUCAGUAAAUAAAAAGGCCGCAGAACUUACAGCUCUAAGCCUGUAAGGCAGAGCAGGGGUCUGAAGAUGCUGAAGAGUGAUGGCUGACUGCAGUCAAACACUGACAGUUUCCCUGUGAGAGACACAGAAGAGGAAUCACUGCUGUUAUUAUUUCCUGUUUAGGUUGGAAUCAAUAACAUUUCAUAUACACGCUGGAUUCUUGCAGUCUGAAGCUGUUUCAGGAGGGGUAAUUUACAGAGUAUUAGUAUUUAUGGCCGCAGGCUUCAGUGAUUAUAAACAGUGUGACUAAAGCUUUCAAUUUCAGUUCUCAUACAUGCAGACAGUCACGCAUGUGUUUCUGACUGGGUCACUGUGUCAGCGGUGUGUGGUUUGGCAGAGGACCCCCCUCCCCCCAGAGCCCCUCUAACACGAGCACACACACACAUGCACACAGAUGCACACUCACCACAGUUUUCUUUUGCAACAGGGCAGUAGACACUACAGGGAACCAUCAAGGUACCACAGUAUUUUUAACCACGCAAAAGGUCAAAGUUUGCACCUUUGCCCAGGAUGCAUAUGCUCAGAUCUUGGGCUGCCUUGUUCAUUUCUCCAUUUCUUUGUGGAAAAAAAUUGCGGUUCCAAGACAGGAGAGUGGUGACAGACACCCCCCACCCCCACUGCGAUACAAUGGCAGGAGACCUUGGCCCUCAGAGAGGUGACCUGCUCCUCCGGCACAGCCAAGCCCCCCUGCACAGCACUCGAUGGCCAACACUCCCUGUAAAGUAUUUUCUCAACCUAUUUUUAAAACAAUGUAAUGGGGGUGUUUCAUCCUCCAGUCCCUACUGAAAUUAAAGGGUGGUUAUUUUAAUGAAAUCAUAACUCAUUAAUGCUAUUUUAAUAGGAGUAACAGACUUUAGAGGAUGUUUCUCAUAAACAGUAUUAAACUAUAUUUUCUUCGUUAUGCUAGUCAAUGAAAUGUCAGGGAUAAUUAAACAUUUACUUUAAAAGUAUGUAUGUACAGUAUAUACAGUGCAGCCUCUACUGACUGAUUACUGACUCCUUGCCUUUCUCAUGACUGACGUUCGUCACAACUGUAAAUUGUUACAUUUACAUCCUAAAAGGUAUUUAUUUAUUUAUUGAGAUGUCCUGAUCCAGAGUAAUUUAAAUGAUAGUCGCAUUUGAACAAUGCAGCAGGAAUGCAAUAGGGCUGAAACAAAUUUGUCUUUAACUACUGAAGGCCAUGAAUUUAUACAGCUUUCACUGCUGAAGUGAUUCAGUUCCCUCCCUGGUCCUUCCCAGGUGGUGCUGUGAUUAAGGAGUUGGGCUUUGCAGCUGAAAGGUCACUGGGUUAAUUCUCAGUGGGGAAUGUUGUAUCCUCAAGGGUCAUGUGUCACCUAAGUUAUUGCAACUAAUAGCAUUUUAUGUCAAAAAAUAUUCUAAGCAAAUAAAUAAGGGGCUUCUUGAUU